CUCAGUCUCUCUCAGCUGACACACACUACCUCUCUCCCGCGGCGCUCACCAGAACAGACAACAACUUUGCUUCAUGGCGGCGAGUCUCACCGGAGACCAACCGGACUGUGAUCUAAACGGACGGGCGCGAGCUGCAGAGGGAUUCACUAUGCUAGGGAAGAGAGGGUUAUUAGUGGUCCUGCUAUCGAUGGCUGUAGGGGUCUACCUCCUCCCCUCACCCAUAAACCCUCAGCCUUACAUAUUCAAGGGACCCCCUCCGCUCCUGGAGGGUCCGCUGGCUGUCAACACCAGACUACAGAACGGACGCAGGCUGUUCACUGGACAACUACAUGGACCAGAAUCCUUCACUGCGGACCAGGAGGGCAACGUGUACACAGGGACGGUGGAUGGGAAGCUGUGGAGGAUCCAUCAGGAGACUCUAACCCUCAUCACCCACAUGGGACAGGACUUACAGGAGUGUGGUAGCAGGACAGACUAUGAGCCAGUCUGUGGUCGUCCUCACGGUGUGCGGUUGGACAGUGGUGGUCAGCUGAUCGUAGCUGACUCCUACUUUGGGCUGUUUUCUGUUGACCCCCAGACUGGACACAAGACCCUGCUACUGGACAGCAAGACAGGAGCUGACGGGGUUCCGUUUGCAUUCCUGAACGGGUUGGAGAUCUCCUCUCAGACUGGGAUCAUUUACUUUACGGACUCCUCCUCUCGCUGGGGACGACGACACGUCAAACUAGAGGUGAUAGAGACCAACGCUCUGGGUCGUCUCCUGACCUUUGACCCCGUGUCAGGGCGUGUGGGUGUCCUACUGGAUGGUCUCUACAUGCCCAAUGGCAUCGCCCUGUCACCUGACGAGAGCUUCCUGCUGCUGGCCGAGACCAGCAUCGGGUGUAUCCUCAGGUACUGGCUGAAAGGCCCCAAGGCUGGCACCAAGGAGGUCAUCAUGAAUAAUAUGCCCGGUUACCCUGACAACAUCCGCCUUAGCGACCGUGGAACCUUCCUGGUUGGUCUAACGACCACACGCUUCAGGAAGCUCAUGCCUCCAUUCCUGGACCUGAUUGGUCCAUACCCAGCGGUCAAACGCUUUCUGGCUAAGACCUCUCCCAGGCCCCUGUGUGGUAGCCCCUCCCAGGCCCCUGUGUUGUAG